UGUGAAUUCUCUCAGUAAGUCGCUGUAUAGCGCACGAUUCGAAGCGCGCGGUCUCGCCGAUGAAAAUCUUGCGAACACAAAAACGGGAAAAAUAUUUUAGUGGUGCUUGAGUGAUGGUUUAAGCCGCUGGGAAGGCCCAGAAGAUUUGCACGUAGCGAGUAGGCAAAAAUGACCGGAAAUGCACAGUCCAACGGAAGUUCCAAUUUGGAAAUAGCUCAGAGCAAUCAGGACUUAAUAAUGACAAAAGGAAAACGGAAAAAGCGAACGUGGAUUAUUGCAGGAAUUGUUAGUGCAAUAGUGGUGGCGUUGGUAGUGGCAGCUAUAGUUUUAUUGACGCAAGAAGAUAAAGAUGAUGAUAAGAAGGUAAUUGAAGAAGGACCCGCCCUUUCUUUAGAAGAUCUUCUUCAGGGAAAAGUAAAUCCCAACUCUUUCAAUGGAACGUGGGUAACAGAUAAAGAACUUCUUUACACGGAUGCCAGUGGAAAUUUAAUCCUUUACAGUUUAGGCGAAAGACCAAGCGUACUUUUAGCUUCCGACGAAUUGAUACCAGGCUCUAACAAUUUUGAAAUAUCUGCCGAUAAUAAUUACUUAAAAGUAGCGCACGGAUUUCAAAAGUUUUAUCGUCAUAGUUAUAAAGCCCGGUACACCAUUAUAAACUUACGAAAUACCUCAGACCGUAUAGAGUUGCACAUUAAUGACACAUAUGACUUUUUUCUUGUUGUGUGGGCUCCAGUUGGAAAUGGUUUAGCCUUUGUCAUGGAUUACAAUAUUUACUAUAAGUCAAAUGUUACGUCGGAGGCACGCAGAAUUACCAAUGAUGGUACUUUUAUAUAUAAUGGUAUUCCGGACUGGGUUUACGAAGAAGAGGUUUUCAGUUCCAACAAAGCUUUGUGGUUUUCUCCAGAUGGAACUAAAUUAGCUUAUGCGAGAUUCGAUGAUACCCAAGUUCCCCUUAUGGUACUGCCAAUAUAUGGAGAACCAGGAAGUAUGAUCUUUCAGUAUCCAAAAGCUAAUGUCAUCAAAUAUCCCAAGGCAGGAACACGCAAUCCUACAGUCUCCUUACAUUGUGUUGACUUAGAUAACCUUAGUGAGAUCAAAAGAUUAGAAGCUCCCAGUAAUUUGGAGACCACUCAAUCGCCAAUUCUUUCUGCUGUAUCAUGGGCUACAAAUGACACGGUGUCGGCAAUUUGGAUGAACAGAGUUCAAAACCAUGCGGCCAUUGUCACUUACUUAAUAACGCAGGCUUCUUACACCAUGGAAACUAUUAUUGAUCUACAUGAGCAAGCCGGUUGGCUGGAACUAUUCACUGCCCCAAUUUUUUCCAAAGACGGUUCUGCAAUGGCGCUGAUUUUACCAGUCGAUCAGCAGAAUGGUUUAGGAGCUUACAGACAUGUAGCAAUGCUUUCAAGGACUUCAAAUGCACCCAUUGAACCACUGACGAAAGGUGCAUUUGUUGUAACUGAAUUACUAGGCUGGAACCAUAAUCACAACACGAUAUUUUAUUUGGCCAAUACUGCAAAUGACUCAGCCGUCCAGCACGUGUACAGCGUUUCUGUUGACACUAAAGAAACGCAAUGUCUAUCCUGUGGAGUCAAAUCAAAGAACAAACAGAUAGAUUGUUUGUAUAACGUAGCGGAAUUUAGCAAAGAUGCUUCUCAUUAUGUUUUGACAUGCGCAGGCCCUGAUGUUCCUCACAUUUCACUUUACUCUUUAGAGAAAAAAGUCAUAGACUGGAAUGAAAAUAAGGAGUUGCAAGAGCUCACGCGAACUAAACGACUCCCAACGUCGCAAAGAAUGAGAUUUGACGUUGAUGGCGGCUUCAAAGCGCAAGUUAAUUUGAAGUUACCACCGAAUUUAGACAUCAGUGGUAACACUAAAUAUCCCAUGUUGGUGAAUGUAUAUGCUGGACCCGACUCGUUCCAGGUGGUCGAAAAAUUCAAUAUUGAUUGGGGUACUUACCUAGCAGCAAAUAAAAGCAUAAUUUAUGCAACCAUAGACGGAAGAAGUUCUGGAUUAAAAGGCAACAACAUGUUAUUUGCAUCUUACAGGCAUUUAGGAACCGUUGAAAUUGAAGAUCAGAUUAGAGUCACGAAGCAAAUUCAAGAUGCUCUUCCCUACGUGGAUGGCAGUAGAACUGCCGUAUGGGGCUGGAGUUAUGGUGGAUAUGCAUCUGGCAUGAUUCUAGCCAAUGACAAUGAGGGUAUCUUUAAAUGUGGUAUUUCUGUAGCUCCUGUUACUGACUGGACACUCUAUGAUUCCAUAUACACCGAAAGAUUUAUGGGUCUUCCUACCAUUGAGGAUAAUUUUGUAGGAUAUCAUAAUGCAAACCUUCUACUAAAAUUUGAAGGACUCCGUGAUAAACAGUAUUUUCUCAUUCAUGGCACGUACGAUGAUAAUGUUCAUUAUCAACAAUCGAUGUUGUGGGCCAAAGUUUUAGAGCAAAACGAUAUUUUAUUUAGGCAAUUGAGUUAUCCCGAUGAAGAUCAUGGUUUAGGUUCCGUCCGUCCACAUUUGUAUCAUUCACUGGAAGAUUUUCUUGAUGAAUGUUUUAUUGAAAAAGAAAGCAAUUAGCCAUUUUCAAUUUUUACCACUUAUUUUUAGACUGUUACGACCGAGAGAAACUAGUCAAGAGAUUAAAUAAAAUAUUCAAUGUCUUACUUUUUACCAGGGUAUCUAUUGUUGUAGAUCUCAGAGUAAUUGUGUAUAUUUUUAUCAGAGAUGUAUAUACUAAUUAUUAUAUUUUAUAUUAAGACUAUUAUGUUGAGAUGUUUGUUAUUGUGUAACUAAAAAUAGAUACUUUGUGUAAUUUUUUAUUAAAUUCUUAUUACAUAA